AUGGCGUUGGAUAUGGGUGAACUAGAAAUGGAUAGAGGAUUGAAUCAAGAACUUGGUCUUGUUAAAGCCGAUGAUACUCGAAUCACAAAUGAUCUUAAUGUUUCAGUACAGAAAAAGGAGCAAGAUAUUGCAAAUGCCAUGAUUCUUGUAAAGAUAAUGAGAAUGGAUGAAUUAUAUCCUGAUGACUUUGAUGGGUCCAACAUGAGAGCUCUUGAGAAUCAACUUGUUAAUUACAUUAUUGAUGUUCGUGAUAUUGAUGAAAGGUUCUCCAAUUUGAGUGGACCUGGGGAACUUUCAAGAAAGUUGGUUGAAACAAAGAAGCAUUUAAACUAUUGUCUCAUAUUUCUUUUAGUGAAAUUUGUUUUGCUUCUACCCAUUGCCAUUGCUACCGUUGAAAGAACUUUUUCGGCAAUAAAGAUUAUCAAGAAUGACUUGCGGAAUCGAAUGGAUGAUGAAUUCUUAGAUGGUUGCAUAGUGCCUUAUGUAGAGAAAAAAGUAUUUAAAGAUGUUUCUAACGAGUGUAUUAUGAAAAUAUUUCAAGAGAUAAAGUGUCAUCGAGUGCAAUUGUAG